AUGGGCAUCCAUGCUGUUAGCGUCAUGCUAGAGGCUCUCAAUAGAGAUGCCCAAAAUGCUACUAUCGCCAAGUUCAUUCCAAAUGAACUUGACGCAGAACGCGAGAAAGUAGCCUUGCUUCACCAACAAGGUUCUCAACAAGAAGAGUUGUUGAGAGAACAACGUGUUCAACAGUUUGCACUGUUGAGACAGCAGCAGGCUGCUGCUGGUGGGUCGAUGCACUCGCGUCGACCCGAGACUUUGAAGAUUGACAUCUCUUAG